CAUGAGACUCAGAGGUUUGCUACUUGCACCAUGUGGUGUGCACUGUGCAGGUCAUUUUGCAGGUCUGCACAGGAUGAGGCAGACGCGCUUCGGAGUUCAACUUCGAUGUUGCCCGCGCAGCCAUGCCCUUUCCAACGUUUCCCAUCCGAUGAGCUGAAAGAAUAGUGUCAGCAUUGCACUUAGCUUAGCCACAAAGCAGAAGAAAACUGGAGGGGUAGCCAAACGAACAUAUAAUUGUACAAUCUGCACUCAGAGAUGGGCAAGCUUGUUGCAACAUGAGCGGCAUUGCAUUUUGACUCUACUUUGGGCUUACUUUUGCCCCUGCAACUUGGUGGUACCCAUACAAAGCUGCUCGUUCAAGCAUUCGUCCAACAGUUCAAUCUUGAGAAGCAGCCAUGGCUCCUGCGGGAACUGAGUUGCCGACGAGCACCAUUCCGGAGGAAGAUGAAGAGAAAUUGCUGAAUGAAGAUGAAAACGAGAAUGCUGAAGAUGGAGAUGAGGAACAGGAAGAGGAAGACAGGAAGCUCAGCACGGCACGGCUUGCUCUCGUCAGCAUCAUCGCGGGAGGGGUUCAGUUUGGGUGGGCCUUGCAGCUCAGCCUACUCACACCAUACGUACAGGAGCUCGGGAUCCCCCACGCCUAUGCCAGCUUCAUCUGGCUGUGCGGGCCCAUCAGCGGCCUAUUGGUGCAGCCAAUGAUCGGAGUCUGGACGGACAGCUGUACCAGCAAGUGGGGGCCCCGCCGACCGUUCAUUUUCGUGGGAACAAUCCUCAUCACCAUCUCCAUGCUGAUAAUUGGGUACAGUGCGGACAUUGGCUACCAGCUGGGGGACAGGGAGGCAUUCAUCAAGACUGGUGCCAAGCCAUAUGCAUGCUUGGUCUUUGUUAUUGGUUUCUGGAUGCUGGACCUGGCCAACAACACGCUCCAGGGCCCCUGCCGCGCACUCGUUGCCGACCUCGCCUCCGAAAGCCAGCGCAAUGCUGGGAACGCCUUUUUUUCCAUGUGGAUGGCGGUGGGCAACGUCCUGGGAUACUCAACGGGGGCGAGCGGCAUGGCAUCGCGCUUGCUACCAAGGGCCAUUAUCUUCAGCCCCGCUUGCAGCGGCCCAUGUGCAAACCUCAAGUCGGCCUUCCUGCUGGCGCUGCUCUUCCUGCUGGUAUGCUCGACCAUCACGAUGCUGUCGGCCCCCGAGCAGCAGCUCGUGCUCGAGGACGAGGAGGAGGAGGAGGACUGGCUGUCCAAGGUGCAAAUGCCGCUGCUCGACGAGGACAGACCGCGGAGGCCCCUCUACGAGCCACCCGCUCUCACCGGGCGGAAGUCUUCCUUGAAGGCCGACCUCGCCGCCUCUGCUGACGGGGAUGACAAGAAGCGGAAGCGGGUGACCAUAGACCAAGCCGGCUCGGACGUGCCCGAUGCAGGGGCCCUCGGCAUGCCCCGGUCUCGGAGUGCGCCCCGAGUGGACCUGCCUGACCAGCUACCGGCUCCUAGCACCGGUCGCCGUUUCUCCGUGGACGCCCAGACGCCACUGCUGGCCAGCCAGUCCAGCCUGCGCAGCCCAGGGUACAAGCGCGCGCGCCGCUCGGACCUGCUGUACAGGAUCGGGUCAGGAGGGCCCGAGUUCUACGGCUCCAUGGACUACCUAACUCACCACAGGCGCCAACCGUCCCUCUCCCGCCAAGACUCCAGCCGCCAGGAAGCCAUCAUCGCGGUUCUCCAGCGCAGCAAACCGCCCCCCCCGGCCGUGGAGCAACCGGAGGAAGAGAAGACUGUUUUGGGGAUGGCACUGGAUGGAGCAGCGCAGGUCGCGGAGGUAACGGGGGAGGCGAUCGCGUCGGCAGCACAGGCGACCGGAGAAGCAAUUACUACGGCGGCGACUGCAACGGGAGAGGCGAUUACGACGGCUGCAGUCGUGACGAGCAAUGCGGUCACCAAGGCGGCCAAGGCGACCAAGAAGAAGGUGACACGUGGCUGCAGCCGAGUGUUUGCCCCGCUGGUGCAAAUCUUCAAGGAGAUCAACAUGGGCCUAUGGAGUCUCUCAGUGCAAAUGAAGUUGGUGAUGGUGGUCAUGGCCUUCACCUGGCUUGCCUGGUUCCCGUUUUUCCUGUUCGACACCGACUGGGUCGGCCGGGAGGUUUACCACGGCGCCCCCCGGGGGGAGUCCCCGGCCGCUGCCACGCUCUACCAACUGGGGGUCCGGACCGGCGCGCUCGGCCUGCUGCUCAACUCCAUCGUCCAGGGGAUUACUAGUCUGCUGAUCGACCCGCUGUGCACCAAGUUCGGCUCCAAGUGGGUAUGGGCCGGCGGCAACGUCAUCAUGGCGGCCUGCCUGGGCUCCAGCUACGUCAUCUCGCACGCGGCGUACCUGUCGCCCCACGUGGGCCCCCACGGCGAGAUCCUUCUCCCGAGCGACAGCGUCCGGUAUGCGGCCGUGGCCAUGUUCGCCCUUCUAGGGAUACCUCUUGCGAUCACGUACAGUGUCCCUUACUCGCUGACGGCUGUGCUGACGGCCCAUGACGACAACAGCAGCGGUGGACAAGGCUUGGCCAUGGGCGUGCUCAACCUCGCGAUCGUCGUGCCUCAGGUGGUGAUCUCCGUCGGCUCAGGCCCCUGGGACGCGCUGUUUGGAGGAGGCAACGUCCCUGCAUUCGUGACGGCCGCCGUCUUUGCAUUCAUUGGCGCUGUCUGCGCCGGCGUUUUCUUGCCGAGGAAGCUGCUUGUAAACAGCGGAUCCGAGGGGGGCGGCGACGAAGACUCGAAAGAGGAGGUCGCUAUAUGA